AUGUCCGCCAUCGUCGCCAGAGACGCCGCGUGCACCGUCGUCACCGUGCCGACGCCGCAGCCGGCGGCAGGCGAGGUGCUCAUCCAGGUCAGAGCGACCGCAAUCAACCGGUUGGAUGUGAUGCAGCGGCGUGGCAAGAGUCCCGUCCCGAAGGGUGUGACAGAGGUUCUCGGUCUCGAGGCGGCGGGCAUAGUCGUGGCGACCAGCUCAGCGGCCUUUGAGGUCGGUGACGAGGUGCUCGCGCUGGUGCCGGGCGGAAGCUACGCCGAGUACGUCGCGGUCGACGCGACCACCGUCAUGCGCAAGCCGCGAUCGAUGUCGUGGGCCGAGGCCGCCUCGGUGCCGGAGGCCUGGCUGACGGCGUCGCUCAACCUGCGGCUCGCAAACGUGUCGCCUGGAGAGACCGUCCUCAUCCACGCGGCCGCGUCGGGCGUCGGUGUCGCCUCGGUCCAGCUUGCGCGGGCGGCGGGCGCGCGCGUGCUUGUGACUGUGGGAUCCGCGGCGAAGCUCGAGCUCGCGCAGUCGCUCGGCGCGAGCGGCGGCGCUCUGCGGCACGACGGGCCGUGGAUAGAGGCGGUCCGUGCGGCAGCGCCGGGCGGCAAGGUGGACGCGGUGCUCGACUGCGUCGCCGGCGCGUACGCGGAGCAGAACGUCGAGGCCCUCGGCGUCGACGGGAGGUUGAUGCCCGAGGGGCUCGCCAAGGGCUUCUUGGCGACCCUGAUGAAGAAGCGCGUCCAGCUUCUCGCCACCACGCUCCGCACGCGCAGCAGGCCCUUCAAGAAGGAGCUCGUCGACGCCUUCGCUGCGCAGGUGCUGCCGCACAUCGGCUCGCGCUUCCGUCACGUCAUCGACAAGGAGUUCGACGGCCUCGCCUCGGCCCAAGCCGCGCACGACUACCUCGAGAGCAACGCAAAUGCGGGCAAGGUGGUCCUGAAAGUCAGCCAGCUCUAA